GUUUUAUGCCUUUAAUUUGGUAAGGAUGUCAGUAUUUCUCGGCAUUUCUUAUGGUUUCAUAAUGCAUUAUUCCCUCGAAUUGAACUUGAAAUAUUUGAGGAAACUUAAGACCAAAAAGACAGUCCAUUAUUCACAACUACGAACCUUUUUUCAACAUUAUCUAAACAUUUACAACGAAGCAUUUGAAGCCAACAAAUUCAUGUCCAAACUGUCUGGUGUCCUUUAUUCAGGGACAUUUCUUGAAAGUUUAGUUUGUAUUUAUGUAGCCUUCAUAGCACCAGAAUCACCCAUUUUUACCAGAGUCUUGUUUCUUGGGUUCGCCAAUCUUCACUUGACUCUCAACAUUGUCUUUAUGUCUUUGGCCUUUAUUUAUUACCAACGAUUGGAUCAAUUGGUUCGUAAUAAUAUGCACAAAUUGUUAGCUCGAUCUGUUAUGAAGCCAGAAGUUAAAAUAAAGCUAGAUGAGGCUUUGUUUAUGAUGGAAGCUUAUCCGAUGGGAUUCAGAUGUUUCCAUUUUUUCAGAUUCAAUUCAUCAAGCUUAUUAUUGACUUUGCUUGAACUUGGUGCUCAUAUGUUACUUAUUGUAAUGUCUGUACCGAGAGUCACAAAUUAAUACAUAAUUGUUAAUAAAAGUUAAAUAUCUUUACUAAA